AUGGGGAAAGCUGCAAGGGGUAAGAAGCGGACUGCCGCCGCUGGGUUGCCCAAGAAGGCUCCUGCCAAAAAGGGCAAAGCAGCACCCGCCUUAGAGAGUGCUGUCAAAGCUGCAGAGACUCCAAAGAUUACAUCGACCCGCGCAUCAGCUAGGCUCGCCGCACAGACCCAUUUCAACCAACCACCUCAACUCGCCGACGAGUCCGCCUCAAACGCCCGGAAGCCUUCUGCUCUGGCACAUACCUUCUCGCGCGUACUCAGCAUGGGGGAUAUUCAACAACCAAGGAAUCCCCCAGUUCUCCAAGGACCCGAACAAGGUGGCUAUGACGAACAUGGCUUUUGGAAGGCUCCAAAAUCUCCUCCCAUGCCCACGUCUGCUCAACCUUCAAAGCAUGCAACCCAAGCUGAAGAUCUCGGCAGUACCCAGUCCCGGGGUGCUCCUCUACCUGAAAUCACGCCUUCUCGCAAGACGAGGCACUUGUCUGUACCCUCAUCCUCAUCAGCUUCUCCCACACCUCCGCUCACGGUUCUGCGUACGCCUCUCGAUAAAGACGUACUGAAUCGCCCUCCCACCUCGAGCCGUAACAACGGUCACUUUUUCAGUACUCAGGGGUACACUCCCCCAUCACAUGCUAGGGAGGAACUGUUCCGUACAAAGAGUAUGAUCCUGCCCCCACCAUCCCAUCCGGACCUCGAUUUCUUUCGGAACCCUCGUACCAGAAACACAGUCCGGAAUCCGAUCUUUAUCUCUACCGCUCCUGCUGUUCCCAUCCCUUACUCUCAGAGGCUCACCGAGAGGGCUGACGAGGGCACAAGCGACUCGGACGAUGGCGAAGCUGUAGCGUCGGUGGCGCAAUCUGAUACGCGCCGUCCUCGCCUGCGCUUGCCCGGAGGAGAACCUUAUGUCUCUAGUGAGGGUGAAGGGGGGCAGGAAGACGAGGAGAUUCUAGGAGUGGGCGAGCGAGUCGAAGUGUCCCAGUCUUCGAGUCAACCAGCCGACAAGGAUCAAGUUUCUCACAACACAACUCCGACGACAUGGCGCGAUCCCUUCUCCUACAUUCCGGCCGCUAACACACAGUCCGCCGCUGCUCUACACGCUCAUGGUAUGGACCAAUCUCAGGACAUAUCUCCUGAGACUCCAGAGCUCGUACAAGCGACUGCGAGCGACUGCCCGCCCAACCCUGAUGAAGAGCUAGGAUCUGAAGACUCGCGGUCAGCCCUCUCAGCUCAAUCCGCCGAAACGUGUUCCGACGAUCUUCCCUUGCAGCUUUCCAGGAAGAGUAUGGCUCUCAAGAACAAGACCUACGGAAAAGGCCGCUCUCACGCUUACAAGACUGGCCUUCCCGACCCUGUUCGAAACGCUCACCGGAUCAGCCUGACACCGCCCAUCCACGCGCCUACACCCCAGCUUGACGACUUACCAGCGGCGGACAGUGUCCCGGAUUCCUGUCUUCCACCCGAGGCUGACGAUGCUGACGAUGACGAAGAGACCGACGAUGACGGGCAAGAAGAGGGCGAGUCAGAGUUGUGGUCUUCUCAAGAAGUGAUACCUACCAAGCGGGGUCCUAUGGCUCCCAUGACGUCCAGAAGCUUUGCAUCCCCUACAAAGGCUGGGCACGAGGCUGCGCUUGCGAGAGGGUCUCCAAAGAAGAAACAGCGGCUUGAUCAGGCAGAUCAGCCGUCUCCGUCUUCGAGGGGAUCGCCUCUCAAGCUGUCACGAAGUGCGUCAUGUCAGGUUCGUUUGAAAAGCUAUGUGCAAAACAUACGGUCUCAGAAGGCUUCUCGCUCUAGUAUCAGACGAGUCUCAGUCCGUCGCGCCCGUGCUCUCGAGGGCAACACACUUCAACUAUUCACCUCCACCCCUUAUUCCGCAUACAUCUCACAAUAUCGUCAGAACCCUGGCCCUCUGAUGUUCCCCACUCCUUCGAGCCUUCUUUCGCCAGGUAUCUACGUCAAUCCCCGGACUCAAUAUGCGAGUCCUGGCAAAACCGGAAAGGGAAGGCAAUACGCGAGGCGCCGGACGCCGCCAGCAUUGUACCCCACCCAAGGAGACCCGCAAUGGGAAGACGAGAUCGACUGCGCAGUGUCAGUCCGGGGUGGGAGUGUUCCCCCGGGGGGCAGGGCGAGAAAGACGGCGGGAAAGAAGAAGCGUGUGCCAAAGCUGAGCUUGGUAACGGCAGCAUCAGCACAACAUUCGCCGAUCCGGACACAGCAUCCUGCGAAACAGGUCCAACGUCAGUCACCUCAAAAAGCCGCUAGCACAGCAGCUCAACCGACGGGCAACGGCAAGGCUUCCAUACCGGGUGGAGGAGUUGUACACCACUCCCCUGAUAACACGCGGAUCAUACAGCGCAGGAAUGUUCUGCCAACUGUUGUUAAACAACAACAUAUGCUGUCAGCCCAGCGAGCGGCAGCCGAUCGCACCCCUCUUCCUGCAAAGCUGAUCAGCGCCCCCACAAAGCCGGUGUCCUUUACUCGGAAAAGCAAUGUGGAGCGGCCAAACACACCGAGUACCCCGGCCAUCAGCAGUUCACUCCAAAAGGCCAACGCACCGGCGGCAAAUCCCACUCAUGUCCUCACCGAUGUAUCGACGUCCAAGUCUUUCCAAUCAGGGGUCAACAACAUCCUGGCAAAGGCACCACCUAUGAAGGCAUCAUGGCCUCUGCGCAAGGCUCAUCAAUCGGAAGAGAUCGCGGCUUUCCCCUCACCAUCCGGAAGACCAACUCAUAUACCGCUCUCCAUCGCCCCUGCGGACAGCUCAACAGGGAAGGCUUCUCGUCUGCAGACACAGGUGUUGGGCUCCAAGGAAGUUGUUCCUUGUCCAGGACAGAUGUACGAGUCGAUCGACGCGAUUGAAAACGCCUCUGGCGAUGCGAGCGGUCACGUUCGACACAGGUCCGGUCAGAAGAUGAGCGGGCUGGAGAUGACCCAGCAUCUGAUGGCUGGGAACACUGGUAACAGGAAAAGAACGUCCUCUAUCCAGAUCUACCAAGGAACAUCGGAAGCCCGAGUCAGGGGAAAGUCACAAUUAGAUCACAGGCUCCCCGAAACAGUGGGGCACGAGUCUUUCGGAAAGAGGAAGAGGCAAGAAACAGACGACAUCAGUGAAGACGGGCGGGUCUCUCCUCACAGCGCCCGACAUCUGCCAGCCACCCCUGCCCCAGCCCGAGCUCGAAAGCAAAGCCUGGUCAUUCCAUCUUCCACUCAAGUCAGGCCAUUGUCUGCGUUAGCAACGCCUGCAGGGUCUAGAGUAGUAAAGAAAGGAUUGUCAACGAUGAUCACGCCGACACCAGCACAGAAACAGAUUACGAUGGGGCCCGUCAAGUCGCAGGCUGCAGUCUCUGCUACUCACUCGAAGCUCGCCAGCCGACAGCCGUCUUCCACACAACACAUGCCUCACCCUCAAGGACGCCCUGCGUUAAGUCAGUACCCCACCAACACUCUCGAGCGCACAGAGAUGGGAUCCUCCGCCCGAGCUCGGAUGACACAAGGGCUCGAGAAGACUGAAGUUGGCAGCUCUGCUGCAGCUCCCAAAAGCCGACGCAGCCAAGGUGCCUGGACCCAGCAGGGGCUGAUCAAGACUGCAGCUGAGAGCUCUAUGCGAGAUAGGGAUGUGGGAGGGACACCUGGGCUUGGGCUGAGAUUGGAAAAGACCCGGUUGGACAUGGAGAAUCCCCCUCAGACUGCGCCUCAAGCUCGAAGGUGGAACAUGGAGGAUAGCUCUCCCAUAUCUGACCGAGCCCACCUGGCGCCUGACGCAGCUUUCACUCAAAGCUCCCCCGAUCCAUCCUCCCUUCCUGGGCGUCGGAGCAUGGCUCAUGUGUCGGACUCCGGGAGGGAAGCAACUCUUUCCCCUGAGGCGCCUCCCGCAGUGACCCAGACUCUUCAACGCCUCCGAAGCCGGUCUCUUGGUCGACGAUCCCUUGGUCUCCGUGCCCCACGCUCCUCUGCCUUCCUGUCUUCUCCUCAGACCCCUCACGCUCAAAGAUCUCAUCGUACACAGAUCCCUCCUUCUUCUCAAAAGACACCCAACGUCUCUAUGAUGCCCAGUCGAACACAGAAGACGGUCGGACCUACUCAGACGCAAAAGUCUCGAGCGUCCCGAGCCACCCAAAUCCAAAAGGUCACGCAGACCCAGCACCAAGUGUAUAGUCAGAAGCAAGGCGGUAAUCCUUUCGCUCAGUAUCGAUCACCUUUGAAGGGUGUUUAG